AAAUGAAGAGCUCGGAUGAGUCUCCUGGGAGUGAUGCAGACGAGCAGAACGACAUCCUGGGGCAAGAAAAUCCAUCAGAGUCCUUCCAUAAUGAGAUCCCGCUCCUGCUGGAUCCAUGGAAACCGUGCAGAGGGACCCGUGCGACUGUCAAAGGGUGGCUGUUGAAGCUGAGGCGUUGUUUGGAAAGAGUGUGUAGCAUUGAGUGGUACAGCUACGCUGCUCUGGGCGUUUUGAUGGCAGUCCUGAGUUUCCUUAUGGACCUCAGUGUGACGAAGCUGCUGAGAGCUCAUCAGUGGCUUUAUGUGAAGCUGGAGGGCAACACUCUGCUGCAGUUCCUCUGCUGGACUCUUUACCCAGCAUGCCUCUGCGCGUUAGCGUCAACGUUCUCCAGCAGCAUCUGCCCUUUCUCUACAGGCUCAGGGAUACCAGAGGUGAGAACCGUGCUGGCCGGCAUCCACAUGCCUCAUUACUUGUCUCUCACAAAUAUGUUUGCCAAGUUUCUAGGUCUUAUCUGCACGCUGGCAGCCGGCAGCACUGUUUUCCUGGGCAAAGUGGGUCCAUUUGUUCAUCUUUCCACCAUGUUAGGCGCCUACUUGGACAACCUCUGCACUCUGAUUAGAGGACCUAAGAAGGAGACAGGAGCUCCAGCAGGAUUGGUCGUAGCUGCUGCAGUUGGAGUAGCCAGUUGUUUCGGCGCUCCCGUCAGUGGUGUGUUGUUCAGCGUGGAGGUCAUGAGCUCUCGUUUCGCCCUGAGGCAUUACGGGCCCUGCUUCUUCUCAGCUGCCUGCGGGGCGCUGACCUUCCGCUUGUUCUCGGUGUGGAGCGGAGAGGGAGAGACUCUUCAGGCAUUGUUCAAGACUAAUUUCCCUACUGCGUUGCCCUUCCAUCCACUGGAACUUCUGCUGUUUGCUUUCCUGGGGCUGCUGUGUGGAGCUGUGAGCUGCUGCUAUCUCUUCUGCCAUCGCUGGAUCCUGCACUUCACCAAAACAAACCCCAUCGUCGUUAAGAUGCUGGCAACAGAGAAAGGUCUGUACUCUGCCCUGGUGGUCUUCUGUUUGGCAUCGCUGACGUUUCCCCACUCUGCUGGUCGAUACAUGGCUUCAAAGUACACCACGAAGCAGCUCCUCACUUCCCUGCUGGACCGCCGGCCCUGGGACUCUCCGCCCCACAAUGCAUCAGUGCAGCUGGAGCUGCCGUUGGAGUGGAGCUCAUCAGGGACUUCUGUCUUCUUUUCUCUAGCUUUCUUCUUGUUCAUGAAGCUGUGGAUGUUGGUCCUGGCCUGCACGCUGCCUCUGCAGCUGGAUACUUCAUGCAGUGUUUGUCUGUGGGGGGCGGCUAUUGGACGUUUGCUUGGUGAAGGAGCGGCUCAUUUGUCCUCAUCCGUAAAUCCUGGAGGUUACGCAAUCACUGGUGCAGCUGCUCUCUCCGGCGCCGUAACGCACACUCUGUCCCCGGCUCUCCUGGCCGUGGAGCUGACCGGCCAGUUCAGCCACGCCGUCCCCAUCCUCCUGUCCACCUUGAUAGCCAACGGCCUGGCGCGCUCGGGGCAUCGCCCGUCGUUCUACGACGCCCUUACUAUCAGCAAGAAGCUCCCCCACCUGCCCUCCCUGAAAAAAGCCUGUCCCCAGCUCCCGUCUACCACUUUGGAGAAGGUUUUGGGAGAGAAACCUGUGCAGCUUCAGAGAGGAGCUGGCCCGGCAGAGGUUCAGCACGCUGUCUGCAGCAGUCGUGAAGCCCAGAUCCCAGUGGUGGACUCGCACGAGUCCAGUAUUUUACUGGGAUUUGUUCUGCGAUCAGACCUGCUGAUGUUCCUGCGGCAUGGGAAGACUCAGAGACUGGAGGGACAUCUGGAUGAGGUCUGCUGCAUUCACCCAACAUCGGUCCUGUUAUCACCUCACAACACCGUGGAAGAGGCCUUCAAUACCCUGAUGGUAGUCGGAGCUCAGACCCUGUUUGUGGCAGAUAAAGGAAAGUUAGUUGGGCACAUCACGCGCCUGGAGAUGAAGCGAAUAUUAGAGGGCUUGGCCAGCGGCAUGGAAGCAGCCUCACGAAGGACAUGAGCACUUACCGUGACCGUUUCCUUAAGCUAGAUGGAUGGAAGCCUGGUUAACGUGCAAUAAAGCCUGUGG